AUGAGUCUGUGGAAGCAAACUCCCAGUGACUUAAUGCAAAUCAUUGGACUACCAAUUGUGGUAGCAUUAAAUUCUGGAGUGGGUUCGCAAGGGGUCCUGGCUUGCCUGCAUAGCUACAUGAAUAUACUCAUCAUCUUGGAGCGCAGGGAAGAAUAUGUAAAUGAGCAACUGAAGAAUAAGUAUGGGGAUGCAUUUAUCCAAGGAAACAAUAUGUUCCACAUAGUACACAGAAGAAAAGGAUGUGAAGACACUACAAAAGAACAAUUCAUCCAUGAAAAGUCAUUUCACAUCAACCUUACAAAAGAAGAACCUUAA